AACAAUCUGAUGGCUGGGGGCAUUCGUGCUUACAAAAGCACAAUAUGUUUCUGAUGCUGCUUUCUGUUGUGUUUUGGCCUAUCAAUUCUCUCAGGAAUCGUUCUCUUCUGGUCUCUCGUUCACAAUGUUCACACCUGCAAUUACUGGCUACGGGCCUCAGAUGACUGCUUCACCCUACACUCUACCAUCCUUGUCAACGGUUGCGCAAACAACUCUGAUCCAAGAGUUACGACGAGGCAACCCUCCUGCGAUUUUGACGAAUGCUCAGACUUGCGGAUACACCAGCGGAGCAUGGUCCUCUGCAGUGACAUGUGGUCCCCAGCAGUCGUGCACGUAUUACACAACACCGUAUUCAGCUCCGAAUUUUGGAUGCUGCUCAGAAGGUGUUGGCUGUGGCUAUGUCUCGACAUGUCUUGAUUAUAAAGCAAUGGGAAACUCGAACAGGGGUGCAGGUGUGUUGAUCUCGGAUCAACAAUUCCUUUGUGGCUCGGAAGUCCCUUACUGCUCCACUGUCCUACUCUAUGGCACGACAUACGCUCCCAGCUCCUCUUAUUCGUUCUAUUCCUAUGGAUGCUUGGCAACGAGUAACGCAGUAGUUGUUGCGUUCCAGACAACCCUUGACGGCCGUGCCGCGACUACCACUUCAAGCUCUACCAGCGCAUCGGCUGCAGCGACAACUACAUCGGUGGCUGAGGCUUCAUCUACACCUACCACUACACCAAGCUCGUCCAGCACCAUUUCCACUUCCACUUCGUCCUCUAUCACGACAAAAUCCUCUCAGACAACGUCGUCAAACCUUCCGGUCUUGUCGAAAGUGAACACUGAGGCAUCACCAACUUCUGUCGGUACCAUAUCUUCACCUGCCGCAAGCAUAGACCCCGCCUUACCCUCCUCAACAAUGUCGCCCACUGGUCUCUCCCAAACUUCUCAAAUCGGCAUCGCUGUCGGCGUGAGUAUCGGCGUCGGUCUCCUCCUCGCUGCUCUCGGCUUCGCAUUUUGGCGUCACCGCAAAGCAAAGCACGAUAAGAGAUGGCAUGACCAGCCUUCUCAAUCAUUUCCCGGACAAUACUAUGAGACUGGAGGAAACAAAUCACUGCAUCCCUUUGAUCACAGGUUUAGUUCUCUUCGCAGCACCUCAUCCGUUGGCAAGUCCGAGAUCUUGAGGGAGGCGCCUUAUGAGUUGUCUUCGACCGGUAGAAGACAUGAGUUGGCCGCCAACAAUCAGUGA